AUGUUUUUAAAGUCUGACCAGUUCGAUACAGUUGAUCUGUCUGAUAAUGAGAUAGUUAAGCUAGAAAACUUUCCACUACUCAACCGCUUAGGAACUUUGAUCGUAAACAACAAUCGGAUCACCAGGAUUAAUCCUAAUAUUGGAGAGUUCUUACCAAAGCUGCACGCUUUGGUUCUUACAAACAACAGGCUUGUGAAUUUGGUUGAAAUUGAUCCCCUUUCCUCCCUUCCAAAGCUUCAGUACCUUAGUUUAUUGGAUAACAAUAUCACCAAGAAGCCAAAUUAUCGUCUUUAUGUGAUUCACAAGCUAAAAUCACUUCGAGUACUUGAUUUCAUUAAAGUCAAAGCCAAGGAGAGAGCUGAAGCUGCGGCUUUGUUUUCGUCAAAGGAAGCAGAGGAGGAGGUUAAGAAGGUAUCUCAGCAGGAGGUUCAAAAAGUGUCAGAUAUUACAGAAGAAUCACAGGCUCCCAAAGUGGUGGCCCCAACACAAGAGCAAAUUUUAGCAAUCAAGGCUGCAAUUAUCAACUCCCAGACGAUAGAAGAAAUUGCAAGACUCGAACAGGCUUUAAAGUUUGGCCAGGUUCCUGCAGGCCUGAUAGUUCCUGAACCUCCUGCAUCUGGUGUGAAUGACGGUUCUGGUCCUAUGGAGGUAGAGUUCUUAUCCUAG